UAAAAGCAUGCUGUUUACAAUGUGGAUGUUUUAAAUCCAUUAAUUUACUUUUGUGCUCAUGUUAUAUCUUGUUUAUAUUAAUUCAGUGUAUUAAAUUUUAAAUAGUGAUGUCUGAGAAUAAACCAUCCAAAGCCUUUGCUUUCAAAUCAGCAAAAAAAGCCGAGAAAAGGUUUCGCCACAAAGUUGAUUAUGUGGAGAAGAAAAUUCACAUACCGACGGUGGAGAGGACACCGGUUGAACCACCUCCGACUGUUGUUAGUUUGAUUGGUCCAGCUGGCGUUGGAAAAACAACACUAAUAAGAAAUUUGGUUAAACAUAUUACUAAUAGAAAUAUUAAGGAAAUUAAAGGACCGAUUACUGUGGCCACCAAAAAAAAGAGGAUCACCUUUAUCGAAUCUAAUAGUAGUAUAAACAACAUCAUUGACAUUGUUAAAAUUAGUGAUAUCUCGUUGUUGCUGAUUGAUGCCAGUUUUGGUUUUGAAUUAGAGACAUUUGAAUUUCUUAAUGUUUGCUCAGUUCAUGGUUUCCCCAGGAUAAUGGGUGUUUUAACUCAUUUGGAUAAAUUUAAGAACAAGAAAAAGGAGAAAGUUGUAAAGAAAAAUCUUAAACAUAGAUUUUGGACUGAAGUUUACCCUGGAGUUAAACUAUUCUAUCUUUCAAACAUGGUCCGAGGAGAUUAUUUGAAAAACGAAGUCAAAAACUUAUAUCGUUUUAUUUCAAUUUUAAAAUUACGACCAUCUUGGAAAUCUACCCAUCCUUAUUUGUUGGUGGAUCGAUUUGAAGAUAUCACAGAUAAAGAAGAUUUAAAGAAAAAUUCAAAGUGUGAUAGAACCAUUACGUUUUAUGGUUUUUCAAGGGGAAGUUUUUUCAAGAAUAACCAACAAGUGCAUAUUCCUGGAUGUGGAGAUUUUCAAGCCAAAAACAUAAAAUUUCUACCCGAUCCUUGCCCUCUACCUGAUAAGUCUAAGCAGACAAAACGUCGAUCUGUUAAUCAAAAAGAUAAGCUAAUAUACGCGCCUUUCUCUGGAGUUGGUGGUGUUCUUUUCGAUCUGGAUAAUAUUUAUAUUGAUUUAAGUCAAGCUUUACCGAAAAGUGCACUCAGUAGUGAGAAUAAACCUGGAGAAAUGGUCGAUAGUUUAGUUAAAAAAGUUUUUGAAACUCCAUUUUCACAAGACCAGGAUGUAUCAAAGCCCAAAUUUACUUUGUUUUCUUCAUCGAUAAGUAAAGGAAAAUCAGAUAAAGGAGAGGAUUCAUCAUCAGAAUUUCAAUCUGAAUCAGAAGAAUCCAGACAAAAUUUAGAAGAUGACCCAGAAGAUGCUGAUUCCGGUGAAGAGCAAAGCGAUGACGACGAUGAGGAAAUAGAUAAUGAAGAGGAAGGAGAUGAAGAGGAAGAUGAAGACGACGAUGAAGAUGAAGUUUCUUUCGACAGUGAUAAUGAAGAAAAACCAAAAUCUAGGAAAGUCAGAUUUUCUUUUGAUGACGAUCAAGAACACAAAGGAGAAAAACUCGUCUUUGAUGAUGAUUCAGAAGAAGAUGAUGAAGAAGAUCUUCUUGAGUUGGCAUCAUCUAAAUGGAAAGAAAAUUUAUCUGCCAGAGCGGCUAUGUCUUUCUACCUUAGACAAAAUGCUACUCAAGAUAUUCAAAAGUUAGUUUAUGGUGAUGCAUUUGAUCUCAAGGAUGAUACUUAUGUUGAAGCCAAAGGUGAACUAGCUGGAGGACUUCUUAAAGCUGUUCGUCGUCGACAUGAAGAUUCAACUAACAUGGAAUAUACUCUUAAUUCUAUUGAAUGUACGAAAUUUCCCUCCACAAUGUUACAAGAUUGGUCUUUGGAGGAAACAUUGGAAUCUAUUAAAGAUUGUUUUGUUACUGGUAAAUGGGAAAGCUCCGAAGAUGCCAAUACACUCUUGAAAGAAAACGAAGACGAUGAUGUUUAUGGGGAUUUUGAAGAUCUUGAAGCGAAUAUGGACGCUGAGAGUGUUGACGAUUACGAUGAAGAUAUGGGCGAUCACGAAAUUGGAAAAAAUAAAGUUGAAAAAACGGAAGAAGAACUGGAUGAAGAAAGAAGACGAUUAAAAGAGCAAAAGAAAAGAAAGUUUGACGAGAAAUAUGAUCAAGGUACUUUAGACAAAGAAAAGGAUGAAGAUGGUGAAGAAAAAACUUUCUACAGUGAAUGGAAAGAAGAGCUGGCAGAACAGGCUAAAGUGAACAAAUCUGAAUUUGAAGGAAUGGACGAUGAACUGAGAGUGCAAUUUGAAGGAUUUCGAGCAGGAAUGUAUCUUCGAGUUGAUAUUGAUAAGGUUCCUUGUGAGUUAAUAGAAAAUUUUGACCCAAGCUGUCCAAUAAUCCUGGGAGGUUUACUUAGUGGUGAGAGCAACAUUGGUUAUGUUCAAGCUCGAUUCAAGAAACAUCGUUGGUACAAUAAAAUUUUAAAAGCUCGUGAUCCACUCAUUCUUUCUGUUGGAUGGAGAAGAUUCCAAACAAUGCCUGUCUAUUCAAUUCAGGAUCAUAACAUGCGAAACCGUUCAUUAAAGUAUACACCUCAACAUCUUCACUGUCACAUAACUUUUUGGGGACCUUUAACUGCCCAAGGAACUGGUAUAAUGGCCAUACAAACUCUCGAUGAAUCUUUACCAGAUUUCAGGAUAGCAGGAACUGGUGUGAUAACCAAUCUGGAUAAAUCAGCAACAAUAGUGAAAAAAUUAAAGCUAGUUGGCUAUCCAAUGAAAGUGUUUAAAAAGACUGCAUUCAUCAAAGGCAUGUUCAACACUACCCUGGAAGUGGCCAAAUUUGAAGGAGCUGCUAUUCGUACAGUUAGUGGAAUUCGUGGUCAAGUAAAGAAAGCAAUAAAAGCACCACCCGGAGCUUUUCGGGGUACCUUUGAAGACAGAAUACUGAUGUCAGACAUUGUCUUCAUGAGAACCUGGGUCAAAGUUGAUGUACCUAAAUUUUAUACACCAGUUCCUAAUUUGUUAUUGUCUCUUGAGGAAAGGAAAAAAUGGACAGGAAUGAAGACAGUAGGCCAAUUACGGCACGAAAGACAAAUUAAAGUGAAAAUGAACCCAGAUAGUUUAUACACCAAACGAGGUAGAAAAAGGUUUGAACCUAAACCAUUGAUUGUACCUAAAAAUGUUGAAAAGGAAUUGCCUUACAAAGAUAGGAAAAAGUAUCUACCUAAAAAGGAUAAGACAAUUGCUGCAUUGCCUGUAAUUGAAAGUGAAAAGGAAACUGAAAUCUCUAAGUUAAUGAGAAUGAUCAGUUCCGUUCAUAAAGCCAAAAAGAUCAAUGAAGCUGUUGCUCGUCAUAAGCGAGUUUCUAAACACAAAAAGGAACUUCAAGCGAUCGAAGAAAGGCGUUUUGUGAAGCAAAAAGAAGUGAAAAAAAGAGUUUUAAAAUCUCUGAGUCGUUCCAAGAAAAAAGGUUUCGAAAAUUGAUAAAUUCUAAUUCUUGUUUAAAAGAUUUGAAAUUAUUGUAUUUUCCAAAAUAUAUUAAACUUUAUCCAUUUUGUAUAAUCA